AUGUGUCAUCAGACGCUCCACUUUUCUUUUCUGUCAAGCAGAACGAGUUUCAAGUUCCAUCCCCUUCUAUACGUCCUUCAUUGAUGCUUCACGCGUUUUGCAAAACCUCAGUUUCAUAACCCCCAAACCACAGCACCGUCAAUCAAACGUUGCACAGACCACUAAAACGACACCCAAAACCAAACUUCUCUACCCGAACGAUUCAGCAUGACUUCACCUAGACACCCAACACCGGAAGCCGUUUAUGUGCAGCCGUCCUCUCCGCGAUUCCCGCCCAGUGGGACGCCUACUGCCGGAACACAAAGAAAAAUCGGAAUCGCUGUUGAUCUUAGCGACGAGAGUGCGUUUGCGGUUAGUUGGGCAGUUCAGAACUAUCUCCGCCCCGGUGACGCUGUUAUUCUUGUUCACGUUCAACCAACCAGCGUCCUCUACGGUGCCGAUUGGGGCGCAAUUGAUAUGACGGUACGCGAAGAAAUAGAAAUCAAUGAAGGGGAAAUUGGUAACGAGGAGACGCAGCAGAAGAAACUCGAGGAGGAUUUCGAUUUGUUUACUAAUUCGAAGGCUAAUGAUAUUGCUCAACCUUUGGUGGAGGCGGAUAUUCCUUUCAAGAUCCAUAUAGUUAAGGACCAUGACAUGAAGGAGAGGCUCUGUUUGGAGGUGGAGAGGUUGGGUCUGAGCACACUGAUCAUGGGAAGUCGAGGUUUUGGAGCAGCGAAGAGGAACGCCAAGGGAAGGCUUGGCAGCGUGAGCGAUUACUGCGUGCAUCACUGCGUUUGUCCCGUGGUGGUUGUCAGGUUUGCGGAUGAGAAGGACGGUGGUGGGAAUUCCGGGGAUUUUACUUCCAAGGUUCUGGAGGAGGAGGAGGAGGAGGUGGAGGAGAGUGGGUAUUACGAGGCAUUAAAUAAAAUUUCAGGUUCAGGAUCGCAGGACAAGAAAAUGACGGGUUCAUCAUGAUGAAUACAACGCGGUUGGUUAUUUUUUGCUCAGAUUCAGAAAAAGGCUUGUCGGGUAUGGAGAUGUCCUGGUGGUUGUGUCAACAUGUGUAGUAGAAGUUGGCAGUAACGUUCUCAGUCAGUUCUCUCUCUUACUAUAUUGUACAUCUUUUGUGAAGGUCAUGUUUUGCUUCUAUGGAUAAAGGCUGCAGUUUUUUGUGUUAUGGUAUAAUUUGUUUGCAACCUCAGUGUCACCAGUUUAAAACAUUGAAGAUGGGAUGUUAAUAGUGUAUAUCUUUCCUGUA